UAGUGGCUGGGGCGGGGCUGGUCGCCGUGGGGUGGCUGGCUGGCUGUGCUGGUGGCGGCCGCCUCGGAGGCGGCGAAAAUGUCGGGCUGCGACGGCAAGAAGUUGGUCCGCUCGCCCAGCGGGCUCCGCAUGGUGCCCGAAAGCCGGGCCGCGCGGAGCCCCUUUGACCUCGAGGAGCCGCCGUGGGUGCCCGACAAGGAGUGUCCCAGAUGCAUGCAGUGCAAUAUAAAGUUUGACUUCAUAACCAGAAAGCACCACUGCAGGAGGUGUGGAAAGUGCUUCUGUGACAAAUGCUGCAGCAAGAAAGUGCCUCUGCCUCGUAUGUGCUUUGUGGACCCAGUGCGCCAGUGUGCAGAAUGUGCUCUCAUUUCUCAGAAAGAAACAGAGUUCUAUGAUAAGCAACUCAAAGUGCUUAUGAAUGGUGCUACAUUCUUAGUAACUGCAGGGACAUCCGAAAAGUCGGAGACAAUGGUUUGUCGACUUUCCAAUAAUCAGAGAUAUCUGUUUUUGGAUGGGGAGAGCCAUUAUGAAAUUGAAAUUGCCAAGAUCUCAACGGUCCAGAUACUUACUGAGGGAUUUACUCCAGGAGAAAAAGACAAUCACACUUACACCAGCCUCUUGGAAAGCGAACACAUUACGGAAGGAGGCAAUACACGUGCGACAGGCAUGCUCCUUCAGUACAAGGUACCAGGCUCAGAGGAACUCAAACAGAUGAAAUUUACUGCUGGUGAAGACUUCAACUCUAAUAAGAAGCUGUCAGCAACUUGGCUAGCAGCUAUGCAUAAGGCUGCAAAGCUUCUUUAUGAAUCCCGGGACCAAUAGCAACAUCUAACUUGAGGGGAAAAGAUCAUCUCUAAGAAUAAGCUUCUCACUCACUACUUGCUAGUUGACAUAUGGUAACAAAUACUUGGUAAUAGGGUCAGACCCCUUCCUGUCCUAAAUGUGGUUCAUUAUGUGAGCACUGGCCAAUUACAACAUGAGUAUUUGACCUAUGAGUAUUCACUAUUUAGUGUGCAAUAUGUAUACAGUUUAUUAAUGCUUUAAAUAUAGCUGUGUAUCUAUGACUUUAUAUUUUGUUAAAUCUUGUCUGCACUUAAUAUGUAAAAUGAAGUGUGACCUGCACUACUGCUAAAUAUAUAGCACAACCUUUGUAGUACAGAUGUAUAACUCAGUUUUUAAAAAAAUGAUCGAGAAUAGCUUUUCAGGUGUGUAGAACUCAGGUUUUCUCUCUUCAUAUCCAAAUGAUCUAUUAAAUCUGCCUUAGAUGUCAUUUUAUAGAAGCCACUUUUUCUUGCGGUGGGGAAUUUGUAUCAUGAGAAUAACACUUUUUUUAAAAAAUAAGAUGUACCAAAUACCGCAAACUGUCCUGUGUAAGUUGACCUUUUUGAAUGAUGCUUCCAGUAUGACUUUUUUUUGAAGUUUUAUAUUCAUGCUUUUUGUGGUAAUUCUUGCUUUGGCUAAUAAAACCUGAUUAAAUACUAUAAA